CGCAGCCAUGGAGGCCAUCAAGAAGAAGAUGCAGAUGCUGAAGCUGGACAAGGAGAACGCCCUGGACAGGGCAGAGCAGGCGGAGGCAGAGCAGAAACAGGCGGAGGAGAGGAGCAAGCAGCUGGAGGAUGAGCUGGCCGCCAUGCAGAAGAAGCUGAAGGGGACGGAGGACGAGCUGGACAAAUACUCAGAGGCCCUGAAGGACGCCCAGGAGAAGCUGGAGUUGGCGGAGAAGAAGGCGGCCGAUGCUGAGGCAGAGGUGGCAUCCCUGAACCGCCGCAUCCAGCUGGUGGAGGAGGAGCUGGACCGGGCCCAGGAGCGCCUCGCCACCGCUCUGCAGAAGCUGGAGGAGGCUGAGAAGGCCGCAGAUGAAAGCGAAAGAGGCAUGAAAGUCAUUGAAAACAGAGCUCUGAAAGAUGAGGAGAAGAUGGAGCUGCAGGAGAUCCAGCUGAAGGAAGCCAAGCACAUUGCAGAGGAGGCAGACAGGAAGUAUGAAGAGGUUGCUCGGAAGCUGGUAAUCAUAGAAGGAGACCUGGAGCGUACUGAGGAGAGAGCUGAGCUCGCAGAGUCUAAAUGUUCCGAGCUGGAGGAGGAGCUGAAGAAUGUCACCAACAAUCUCAAGUCUCUUGAGGCUCAGGCUGAGAAGUACUCCCAAAAAGAGGAUAAAUACGAGGAAGAGAUCAAGAUCCUGACCGAUAAACUCAAAGAGGCGGAGACCCGUGCUGAGUUUGCUGAGCGCUCCGUAGCCAAGCUGGAGAAGACCAUCGAUGAUUUGGAAGAUAAACUGAAAUCCACCAAAGAGGAGCAUCUCUGCACGCAACGAAUGCUGGACCAGACCCUGCUAGACCUGAACGAGAUGUAAUGGAGCCCCGCUGCUGCCUCUGCCACACGACGCCCGGGGUCAGCCCAGCCCCCGCUGCCCUCUAACCCUUGGGCUCCGUUUCCUUUCUGUUGCCAACUUGCCCCAAUGCAGCUCUGCUUCUUCACCUGGGGGUUAGAGGUCACCGGGUUGGGCAGAGCUUCACACAGCGUAAUUAAGGGAAAUAAACGAUGCAAUAAUGUCGGGGGAGAGCAUGUUUGAGAUGUACACAUUUGUAACUACCUUCUUUUUCCUUUUUUUUUUUUCUUUUGUAGCAACCAUUGUAAACAUUCCAAAUAAGCGAUGCUGGUGAGCUACAAACAAAGCUCUGGGCUUUAAUUUUGGUAUUAACCCCUUGGAGCCCAGUUUGGGGGAGAGGAGGUGGGAGUGGGGCUGGGCUGGGCACGCUUUGCUCUGAGAGCUGCUUGCCAAACGAGCAGUUCCAUUUCUCAGCUUUAAGGUAACUCUGUGGAGAAGCAAUUUGAGCAAAAGCAGGGUUUUUUUUUGUGUUUUUUUUUUUUUUGUUUUUGUUUUUGUUUUUUAAUUUUUUCCCCUUGUUCUCCAAACAGCUCAAGCUGUUGGGUCGGUGGUUGUUCCCUUUUCCUUCCCCGGUGUUUCCCUUUCCUUUCUCACGGGUUCCACGCAGCCGUGGCUCCCGAUGCCCAGGGGUGGCUCUGCCUUCACUCAGUGCUUUGCCCCUCAUCCCUGGGCUCAGCCUGACAGCUUCAGUCCUGGUUUUCUCCAAGCAGUUCUGCCUCCCCAGGCAGAGGCCUUUCCCUCCGGGCCCGCAGAGCUCCCACGUCUCACCCUGUGGUGUCUGUGAGGCCGAGCGCAGGCAGGCUGGGCCGUUGCUGUGUGCUCAUCGUGGUUACGGGGCCAAUCUGGAGGAAAAAAAAAAAAAAGCAAACAAAAGAACCAUGUCGAGUGUUUUGAUACUGAAUUGAGAACUUGUCUUACUGUCUUUUGAAAUAAAAAGCGAUCUCUCCA